CCUGUAUUCUUACGCCACCACCCCAACCAGCGCACACAUCUUUUUGUAUUCAUUUUUCCAUAUAUAUUUGUAUUAUUACUACUAUUACCCUCACUACUGUUAUCGAUUUUUCCCUCCACAAAUUUAUGAUUCUGCACUGGAUCAUUUGGUCGGUGGUUGUGGUGCUGCCACCGCUGAUUCGAUCGGUGGCCAUUGUGGACACUUCUAUUGCGUGUGAUAAGACAGAUUUCCUAUUGAAAAUCAAGUUUGACGAAAACUUCCGUGGCACGAUACAAAGUCGCGCGGGCCAUCCAAAGUGUAUCUAUGCAAAUGGCACGCUUCAAUCGGACACCAAAUAUCAGUUGAAGAUUCCGCUGACUGGCUGCUCGACCAAGGAGAACGGAGAAGGCAAUUUGGAGAAUGAGAUCGAAGUUGUCAUGGCUAACAAUGAAUUCAAUGCAGAAACCGACAAACGAUUCCUUCUGACCUGUAUACCUGCUGCCCCUGUUCCUAAAGAAUCUCAGGUGACCGUAUCAUUUGGUGGAAUCACUAUCAACUCGGAUGCCACCACAGCAAGCAGCCUAUCGGAUAAUAAGACAGUCGACUACCGAGUUCGUGUUCUAGACGGCGACAGUUUGGAUUCAAAGCAGCUACAACGUCCGUUAGCAGUUGGUGAUAGAGUUACGUACACAGUUGAAAUGAGCGAUGAUCAGAAUGGACGAAUCGGAAGGUGUUGGGCGAAUGACGGGAUAUCCGAGCUACCACUGUCGGACUCACACGGAUGCUCUUUGCAGACUUCUGGGGAGGUGUGGGGAGACUUUGAAGUGACUCGACGCAAUGGUAAGACCAUCUUCUACAACCACAUAAAGGCCUGGGCAUUCCCAACGAGCAACGAGGUGAACAUCUUCUGUAACCUUCACGUCUGUGUCACGUGUACCCAGGCCGCGUGUCGUGGACGGGAACGUCGACAUAAUCCUCCUCCUCAGCAUUCUUCAACCGUCUCUGAUCCCUUCUCGUCGACAAUCGACGUGUCCGACAUCUCGCCACCGAUCGCCGUGCGAACAUCGUUCCGUCUGAAACGGGAAGCUGUCGCACGGCUAGAGACAUCACAAACAACGUCUUCCGUUUCAACAGAUUCUUCAACUAAUUCGUCUUCUUCUUCUUCUUCUGCCAAUCUCUCCUUCCUCUUCUUCCUCCUAAUCGUUGCUUCAGGUGUCUUCGACUAUUAAUAAAUUGUUUGAGAAAAUAA